CUGAAUCGAUGCAGCCCUGGUGUUGGUACUGUGCGCGUUGCAAGUAAAUUUUUGACUGCUUUAUUUUCUUAACUAUUUUGCCAUCUGUGCGAACAAAUAUCAUCUUUGCUGCCCCGCAAUUCGCAUUGCGCAACCCCAAGCUUCUGAUCAGAGCGCUGUGCCGUGCUGAAACGCGAUUGUAAACAUGUCCGAACGCUCCAAAGGUGACGUGUCGUCGUCGCGCGUCAACAACAAUGCAAAUCGAAUUGUUAAAAAUCCACUGCUUAGUGCCUCGGUGACUGGUCUCAGCUAUGACGACUUUCCCAAUAAGCCGCUCCUGCUUCCAGCAGCACCGCCUGUGGUGCAUGCACCACCCGCACAGCCUGCCAACGCUCUCAUCGCUGGCAUUCUCAAACGCGAGCCCAAAACCCUGGUGACCGUUGGACAGCCGUCAGGCAUUGAUGAGAGCGAAACGCUUGACGAGAUUAACUUGAACGCCAGCAGCAGCGACGACUCGACGACAGCGAACGCAUCCAUCAAUCCAUAUCAGAGCGUUGCGGAUGCCAACGCGAAUCCAUUGCUAGAGCCGCCGCUUGCUGCAGACUCUCUGCUUAGCCAGGCGGCGUCUUCAUUUGGCGCCUUGCCUUCGGUGGCCUCCAACGUUUUUUCAACCUUCUCGAAGCGCAUAUACGCGGGCACUCGAGAAGCGGACGAGGCACAGCCCCAAUUGGAUAUACAGCCCACUUAUAUACAGCAAGCGGGUCAAGUGCACGCAGCUGCUGUUGCACCGCCGCCCUUCUACGCUGCCCCACCGGCUCAUGUCGGCGAAGCUGCCCCAGAGCCACCGAAAUUCUAUGCGCCCACAGAGGUGCCUGGCUUAGCAGCUGGAGCUUUGCCACUACCCCCACCAUCGGCCGGACAGAACACUUAUCGCAUUAGUGCCAGAAAGAAGCUAUACGCACCCAUACCAGGUCUCUCCGAGCAGCAACAGCAGCCAGUGCCAGCUGUUGAUCCCUUCCAAGCACCGCCAUAUCCCACACAGCCAUCGGCAGCGGCGGCAGCAGCAGCAUUCGAGCAGCCUGCACCACCAGCCGUUCAAGAGGAACGCAAGAGCGGUGGUCUCUUCUCACUUACUAGUUUAGUGCCCACUGGCGUGUUACAGAAUAUUUCGGGUCUAGUGCAAUCGGCCACAGGCAGAACCAACGAACCUGCGCCACCCCCACCAGCCAGCUACAAUCCAGCUGAUUCAGGUGGCUACUUUGACAUAAGCACAUCCGGCGCUGCCGUACCGCAGCCGCCUGCAAACUUUUUUACGCCUGCAGCUCCGCCUGCUGCUGCUGAUUAUUUUGCGCCCACUGUAGCACCACCCACUGUAGGUGGUUACUUCAAUCCUUCCGUAGUUGCUGCAGCUCCGUCUGUUGGUAACUUCUUUACGCCAGCACCAGCUGUUUCUGGGCAAUCAACCGGUGUUCAGCCAACGCCAGCCGCGGUACCACUGACAUUUACUCAGCCUGGGGCACCUGCUCCGCCAGCGACAUUCGCUCAGAUUCCGACAGUCACCCAAGCAGCCACUGUCCCUCAGCCACUGACAGCUGCUCAAGCACCUGGCUUAAUCGAGAGUACUCCAACGUUUGCACCACCAUCAGUGGCAGCAGCAGCACCACCACCAGCGGCAGUAGCAACUCCACCACCAGCGGCAGUAGCAGCACCACCGUCAAUAACUGCGGCAGCACCACCACAAGCGACAGCAUCAGCACCACCACCAGCGGCAGGACCUGCACACUCCUCGUACCGCCUGCAGAAGGGUACCCGACUCUACAAGAGUCCACUGACAGCUCAGGAAACUGCAGUGCCCGCAACAGGCUUUGGCCAGCAAACAGCUUUAACAGCCACGCCCUUUGCACCCUUCGCAGCACCUGCUGCUAUUUUUAAUCCUUUUGGCGCACAGCCUACAGAAGUUGCCCUAUUUACAGCGCCAGCUCCGUCAGCUGCACCAGCGCCAAGCCAGGAAGUUCCUCUGUUUGCGGCUGCACCACCCCCAACUGGGCCAGCAACAUCGCUGUUUACACCACAGGCAUCGACGGGCCUCUUUCAGACUCACGAAGCAACUACAUCGCUUUUUGCACCAGCACCAUCCGAUACACUUCAGGAGGUUCCUCUCUUUUCCAGUUCGACUAACGCAACGCAAGGACUUACACCAGAUACAAGCAACAACCUUUUUACGUCACCGACUCAGAGGGAAGAGCUAAAGAGCUCUUCAAAUCAAAAUCAGGAGGUUACACUAUUUGCACCACCGUCAACUGCACCUGUUUCGGAAGUUCCAUUAUUCCCAACAUCACAGAGUUUGCCCAUAUUUUCACAAGGACCAGCAACAGCUCUAUUCGCACCACAGUUGGAUGCUAAGCCAGAACCACAGCCGGCAAAUCUACAAGCGGAAUUAGUUGAGGAAACUCCCUUGUUUACUGCACCACCACCAACAGUAGAAGCUCAUCCGCCAGCAACAACUAACGAACUCUUCGCGGCGGCAGGGCCAAACGACUCUUCAUCCAUACCAAGUCAAGAAAUCCCCAAAACACCACCAACUGCAUUAAUUGAAGAAGUUUCACAGCCACCUGUCUUUUACCCACCUGCACAAGUAGCUACCACUGAACCUGAACGAGAAAUUCCAUUAUUUGUGCCAGUACCAGAAGCAUCCAAUGCUGAAGCGGGUCAAGGCGUAGAGCUCUACCCACCAGCACCGACAACAGCAGCGGAGCUCCAUCUAACGAAUCAGGACUCUGCUCCAGCAGCUAUAGCAACAAGCGCGCCACAACCAAUCUUAAACGCCAACAACUUCUUCGCACCACCGGCAACAGGUGGCACAGCUCAAGAGAUUCUAGGCGUAUCCGCACCACAACCAACAGCAGCUGCUCCAUUCGCGCCACCACUGAGCACCAGCGACUUAUUUGCACCGCCUGUACAGGUGCCAGUCGCUGUCUCUAACCUGACCAGCGUUGCGCUAACCACUCAGACAACAACCACAUUCUUUAAUCCGUUUGCGCAGACAAUAACAACUCCGCUGCCACAAGAUCCGUUGCUGCCGCCCAUUGGCUUUGUCGAGCCCAGCACUCAAGCUGACGGCAACGUUCUUUUCGCCGCACAGACCAUUGAGCCGGUGUUGCCUGAAGCGGAGAUAGUAACAUCUGCAGCAGCACCGCCGCCACCACCACUAGCAGCUACCAGCCAGGACCCCGCCUCACAGGCGAAUCCUUUCCGCAAAGCCAACGAAACAGCUCCAACAUCAACUGCUGCUGCAGCUCCUUCGGCUCUGCUUAGCUUUUUUACGCCCACAGGAAACGGCAGCGACUUCAACUUCUUUGGAUCACCACAGCAGGCGGGUCAAUUUCCGGAGUUGCCGCCAGUGAAUAGUGUAGCACCAUCAGCAUUGGUUCAAGAGCCGCCUGUUGGCGAGAUAGCCACGCUUCAUUCCACGCACGCACUUGGCUUUGAACAACUCAUCAGCGACUCUCAGCAAGCUGCACAGCAAACGCAAAAUUCUAACGAAAAUAACUAUCAAAAUUCAAGUGUAAACUCAUUUUCUGGAUAUUUUGGUGGUUCCGUAGAGGCGCCAGUGGCAGCCGCACAGCCACAGCCAGAGUCCCACUCACAACCACAGCCGCAGCCACAACCACAGCCGCUGACUGGCUGUAAUACAGCUAAUUUCUUUGAUCACUUUGCCGCAAGCGGGCAGGGGCACGAGGAUCAGCGCAUACAGAACUUCUUUAACAAUCCGCCACUACAGGAUCAGCCAGCUGCACCGGGUGAACUCAAAUACGAUAUUGUGCACAGCGGCUUACCAAACAAACGCUUCGAGCAGUGUUCCCAAACAUCUGUCUCAAAUAUUGUCGAGCCGCCCUCAUCUGCCUGCUCGGAGUUCUCCACAGCGGCACCGGCUGCAGUUGCCAAUCCAGCAAACCCACAUCAACCCGAUCGUCAGACCGAAUAUCUAUUGCAACUACAUCAGGGUGAACUGCCCGAAGAGAUCCUGCAACAACUAAGAAUGGCCAACGAGAAGAGCUUGGCCACAGCACCCGCUGCCGAUGCGACUGUGGUUUAUACGCCCGUAUUGCCGCACUGGUUCUACAAACGCAGUGUGGACAGCAAAUUUGUGUGGACACCAUUCAGUCACUAUGAUUCAGCGCUCUUGGAGACCAGCCUGAACAGCGAAGAAACAGAUUCUACAGCAAUCGUGCCCGUCGAGGGCGGUCGGUACGAUGUCAACAUCAAAGAGCGCACCAAGACGCCCGUUUAUUGGGAGGGCAAGGCCAUUGAGGUGCGUCGCUGCUCAUGGUUCUAUAAGGGCGUGGAUGGUAAAUAUGUGCCCUAUGCGGAGCAAACUGCAGAAGCACUUGAAAUAGAGUAUAGACGUGCCACCGAAACAAACGAAUGGCAUAAGAAGAUACCACUGGGCAAUGGUGAACAGGUCACCAUGCAUGGACCCAGCGUAAUUGUCCACUUCAUGCCACCAACGACCGCCGAUACGUGGGGAGGCACCGUGCAAGGCACAACACGGCCGCUGGUCGUCAAGCGUGACUUGAAUGACUUUAAGAUACAGCAGGGCGAAUCUCAGCGUGUGGAUCACUUGCUAUUCAUGGUGCAUGGCAUCGGCUCUGCUUGUGACCUGAAGAUGCGCAAUGUCGAGGAAGUCGUGGAUGAUUUCCGCUACAUUGCCCAGCAGCUGGUGCAGUCCCACUACAAGAACUCUACAGACAUGGGCCUAGUGGGUCGCGUCGAAGUGCUACCUAUUGAAUGGCAUGGCCACUUGCACUCUGAGGAGCUUGGCAUUGAUGAGAAACUAAAGUCCAUUACCCUAGAGUCCAUACCACGAUUGCGCAACUUUACAAACGACACGUUGCUGGAUGUGCUCUUCUAUACCAGUCCCAAGUACUGUCAGAAGAUCAUGAACACGGUGGCUGAUGCUUUGAAUGAGGUUUAUCUAAAGUACCGAAUGCGACAUCCUGAAUUCAAUGGCGGUGUCUCGCUUGCUGGUCACAGUCUCGGCUCGUUAAUACUCUUUGAUCUGCUGUGUCACCAGGAGCCGCUCAAGGAGAGCGAAGAGGAAAAUAUGGAAAAUCCCGAUCAACUACCACAAAAGAAGGGCCCUGAAUCGAAAAAUGUACAACUUCCCAACAAUGAUGAAAUGAUGCCCAAGCAGGUCAGCUACGCCAUGGGCAUUGGACCAGCUGGCACUGGCCAGCCGGUGAUCAACUAUACGCAGCUGAUUUUCCAUCCCAAGAAGUUCUUUGCCCUGGGCUCGCCCAUUGGCAUGUUUGUGACCAUACGUGGCAUCGAUAAGCUUGGCCUCGACUUUCGGCUACCCACGUGUGCGGGCUUUUAUAAUAUAUUCCAUCCGUUCGAUCCGGUUGCGUAUCGCAUUGAAGCUCUAGUCAAUCCGGAUAUGAAGGGCAUUCGUCCCGUGUUGAUUCCACAUCAUAAGGGACGCAAGCGCAUGCACCUUGAGCUGAAGGAGACAAUGACACGUGUGGGAGCGGACAUCAAGCAACGAUUCAUGGAUACGUUCAAGACAACACUAGAUAGCGUCAAUUUCUUAGCCACAGUGACCAGGGUCAAGAAGGAGGCCGAAGAGACGCUGGAAAAGGAGGUGACCGCAAGUACUUCGCAGCUCUUCAAUAAGCAAGCUGAGGAAACCGAUGAUAUGUCAACAGCGACUACUUCAACAAAUGCGCGUAAUCGUACCGACUCCGAGUCGACGACAGCGUCAGAUCCUGAAUUCAUUGAGCUCGAUUUUCCACUGGGUAAAUUGAAUGACUCGAAACGGGUGGACUACGUGUUGCAGGAGGCACCACUUGAGUUCAUCAACGAGUAUAUUUUUGCACUCAGUAGCCACGUUUGCUAUUGGGGAUCUGAGGACACCAUAUUGUUUGUGAUGAAGGAAAUCUAUACUGGCUUGGGCAUAAGCACCGAUAGCCAAGUACCACAGCAAACUAUGACCAUAGAAAGGCCCAGCUCACGAUCAAGCAGUGCCGGUCCGUCGCUGUUGCCGAUGUGAGUUGACAUUUGGACACACUGUUGUAGACCGUUUCCGUUUUUUACUACCUAUUAUUACAAAUACUUAGAGACAAUUUAUUUAACUAUGUUAUUUGUUAGCAAAAUCAUACAAAGAAUUUUUAACAUGUGCAACUCUAACUUGGUUAA